AUGUUUAUCAACAUAUGUAGUCUGGCAAAAACAAAAAAUCGAGUACGAGCUGUAGUUGCACUGGAGGCAGACUUGGUCAAUAACGAUAUAGAUGUAUGUGUGGUGAGCGAGAGUCACCUGAAACCUGAAAUGCCAGAUGCUGUGGUGACCAUUCACAAUUAUUCAAUAUUUAUAAGAGAUAGAAGUUGGGAAGGACGCGAUAUGAGAGCAAAAGGAGGGGUAGCAAUAUAUGUUCGGAACAACUUAAAAGUUAUUGAUAUUUAUCGAUCCAGUUUGUACGAACUUAUUGGUGUCACACUUCUGUUACCUACAGGAAACCGUAUGUCGAUAUACGGCCUUUAUCACCCACCUAGGCACAAUUAUCUGGAGAGUGACUUAUUGGAUUAUUUGAUAAAUAUUUCUGACGACGUUCUGGACAAAUAUCCAGACACUGUAAUUGUUUGUGGAGGGGAUUUGAACAGUUUGGACAUAAAACACCUUGAGGAACUAUCAGGAUGGGAUACAAUGGUCGACUUUUCAACAAGGGGUAACGCAUGUUUGGAUAACUGCCUUACAAAUAGAAUAGAUUU